AUGGACAAUCCGUUAUCCGGCAUGGAUUUGGGACUAGAGGCCCUGAAAGGGCUCAAGGUCGAGGAAAUCGUCGAGAUAAUUAGACUCGUGAUAUCGAUCUUGGAGGAGCAUUUCCGUAGAAAAGGCGAAGCCGAAAGUGUGCAGCGAAGCCAAAGCGUUAGCUCUGCUAGCCAGCUGACGCCGGCGCGCAAGAACUUGGAAAAGUGGUUGUUGCGUCAGAUGGACGUCUGCGUGAGAAUUCUUGCCGACUUUGUGGAGGCGUGCCAGGCGAACUUUCCCACAUGGGCCACCUAUGCAAAAUGGGCGGCUAUGGCUGGAGUGACGGGUGUGGCCCUCGUUUAUGGCCCUGGUUGGGUGCGAGGGGCAAUGAACAUGGGCACCAGCUCCAUGACCGAUCUACUCCAGGGGUUUGACCUGAGCACGGCUGCCUUCAAGCUUCUGACAGCCGCCGAGAUGCUGAAAACUAUUGAGGAAAUUAAGCAGCGACUUCAGGACCGCUUUUUUGCAGAUGCGAAAAAAGCCGGGGAGCAGCAAAGCCAAGGGGUGGACUCCGAGAUGAAACUUGUGACCGCCCAGCAGGGCUUUGAGCAAUAUCUUCUCGACUUACUGAACUUUUACCUGGAUAUUUUCGAACGUGUGCUACAUAUCGGGGCCAUGGCUGGGCACGCCGACUGUUGUGCCGUCCUCGUGGGCGUAUCCAGCUUUAGAGGAAUCUUGGUGCCCUUAUCCGCGAAGCUCCUCGCGUGGUUCACCGAGAAAUGCCAAGAGAAUUUCGCGUCGAUCGUUGAGUACGGGACGUGGGCGUUGGUUGCGGGAACGGUUGGCGCGGCGCUGUGGGGCGGCUACACACUGCUCGGGGUGAUGAAUAAACGGCGAAGAAAUCAA